UAUUUCGUAAACUUUUAGAAUAAAGUAAUAACGAUUCGCUAAAACAAGAGACGUGAAAAUUAUCUCUUAACAAUGGGAAAAACUUUCAUUGUGUUCUAAAGUAGUCCCUUGCUUGAUUUCUUCAGUCUAUCUAUACAUUAUAACGCAGACAAAGCUUAUUUUAUUGUUUUUGUAUAUUUUUCUUUCUUUUGGUUGGAGACCACAGAUCUGUAUAACUUUUAAAAUUGAAAUACAUUCCCUGUGCAAAAGCGCCUUCCCUCGAAUGCAGCAGUUAUUGACAAGGCGGCGCCUGUUUAGAUAACGGCUACCGUUCAAAAAGAUCGCUGCAUCCAAUGAUUAUUACGUGCAAUGUAGGAUAUUAUACAGAUACAUACAUAAAGCUAGCUUAAACAGCAAUGACUUCCAGUAAAAGUCGCAACAUUUCUCCUGGUACCCUCACCGAGUCCACAAAAGCUGGAGAAGAACGGGCACAAUUCUACCUUAAAAAGCACAAGAUUCUAGAACUACUUGAAAAUAUUACCUCAGCCUUAGUAUAUGAAAGACCUGAUAACCCUAAAACAUUCAUAAUUGAUUAUAUCGAAAAAUUGAAAGAAUCGCGAAACACGAGCGUUAAUUAUCCCACCCUAUUUGAUGAAAGCAAUGUCAAAUCUAUAUUUGGAAUGAUGGAUACUGCCAAUAAAGGCUUUAUAAAUCAUAGUCAAUAUAAGUCAGGAAUGGAAAACUUAGGAGUCUCAACUUAUGAUAGAAAGCCUCCUGGUACCGAAAAUGAUUGUAUUGACGUAGACACUUUUGUACAUGAAGCGAAUGAAGGUAUUGUGAAGGCUACCGCGACAUUUGCGUAGUGUUUUUCAUUUAAAAAAACAACAGAAGUUCUGAUGAAAAUUAAAACUUUAUUGUAAAUAGUUAACGCUAAUAUAUAUUUUGACAUUUUUUAA